CACAUGACGCGCAGCAUCCUCUCGUCAGCUCUUGCUUUUCCGCAUCUGUCUCUGGUUGCUAACUAGUUAGCUAACGUUAACUUUAGCCAUGUUUUCUUCAGUUUUAUUUAUUUGACAUUUCACGUAGCAGCCGGUCGUCUUGUGUGACAGUCGGACGGACUACUGUGUUACAUGUUAGUUCUUCUGACUGCCGAGCAGUGUCACUUUCCAUUCAGUAACGAGCCGAAGAAGCAAGCUAGCCUCUCGUAGCUAGCUAACAGCUGCUUAGCUUUCAGGAGAAUAACGUCGCUGUAAGGCAACCAACCAGGCACAAAGCGUCUAUGAGCUACGACUGGCCCCGAUCAGAGGAUGUAUCCGCCUUCCAGAAAGGACUUCAUCUCUCUGACGCUCAAUGAUCCGCACAGUCACACUUACAACAACGGCAAACACCGGAGACAGUCCUGCUGGAGGAAAUGGAAGCAGCUGUCUCGGCUCCAGCGAAGCCUCAUCCUGUUCCUGCUGGCUCUGCUGCUCAUAUUUGGACUGCUCUCCUAUCCCAGCAUGACAGAGCAGUGGAGAGGGUUGUCUGACAGGGAGGACUGGCUGGAGCUAAAUGACAGAGACGUGAAGGAUAUUCCUCCUGAGGUGAAGUCUGUAUUGGAUCAAGCUGAAGCCAAAGUUCCACCUCCUGUGGCAGGGCCAGAUAUGGGGCCAGCUGUGGAUCCAGAUGCGGGUGCAGAUGCUGUGGUGGGGCCCAGAGCACCAAAUGUCCCCAUUUUGGCUAAACCUCCCAUUAAGAAUAAGACAUUCCCAAACAAGAGAGGUCCACCGAGCCUGCAGAAAGAUGGAAAUAUUUCAGACACAGUCGGUAGGAAAAAGCAAGUGCAAGAGGUGGUUCAAGAUGAAGAAGGAGAAGAGGUGGACAAAGAAAAGAAGAUUGUCAGCUGGAGAGGAGCACUGAUCGAAGCUGACCAGGCCACAGACCCUCCACCCUCGAACAAUGAGAAAGAAGCUGCGGCGCCCCCAGCCAACCCAGCUGACCCUGUCCCACCAGAAGUUUCAACAGGAGCUGUGGACAGACUUGCGGCAGUGUGUGAUGCCUUCAGACAUGCGUGGAAAGGCUAUAAGGAGUACGCCUGGGGUCACGAUGAGCUCAAGCCUAUCUCCAGGUCUUUUGGCGAGUGGUUCGGACUGGGUUUGACGCUCAUUGAUUCUUUGGACACCAUGUGGAUAUUGGGCCUAAAAGAAGAGUUUGCAGAAGCAAAGGACUGGGUAGAGAAAGAGCUCUCCUUCGACAAGAACGUGGACGUGAAUCUUUUUGAGACAACCAUCCGUAUCCUUGGGGGCCUGCUGAGUACCUACCAUCUAACAGGAGACCAACUCUUCCUAGAGAAAGCUAAAGAUCUCGGGUCCAGGUUAAUGCCUGCCUUCAAAACUCCCUCAAAGAUCCCGUUCUCAGACGUUAACAUCGGGAAGGGAAUAGCCCACCCCCCCCGAUGGACGUCAGACAGCACGCUGGCCGAGGUCACGAGCAUUCAGCUGGAAUUCAGAGAGCUGAGCCGCCUCACCCAGGAGCCCCAGUACCAGGAGGCUGUGAAUGAGGUAAUGAGGCUGGUCCACAAGCUGCCAGGCAAACAGGACGGCCUGGUGCCCAUGUUCAUCAACACCAACAGCGGCCAGUUCACGCACAAAGGAGUCUUCACACUUGGUGCCAGGGCGGACAGCUACUAUGAAUACCUGCUCAAACAGUGGAUCCAGGGAGGGAAGGCGGAAGACGACCUGUUGGAGGACUACCUUCAGGCUGUGGAAGGAGUGAAAAAACACCUUGUGAGACAGACGGGGCCCAGCAGAUUGACCUUUGUUGGAGAGUUGUCCCACAGCCGCUUCAACCCUAAAAUGGACCACCUUGUGUGCUUCCUGCCAGGAACCUUGGCGCUGGGGGCCCACAACGGCCUCCCGGGGGACCACAUGGAUCUGGCUGUGCAGCUGAUGGAGACGUGUCACCAGAUGUACCAACAGAUGGAGACUGGGCUGAGCCCAGAGAUCGUCCACUUCAGCAUGCAGGCCAGUGAUGGGCCCAACCUUAUUGUCAAGCCUGCAGACAGACACAACCUGCUGAGACCAGAGACGGUAGAAAGUCUGUUCUACAUGUACAGAUUCACUAAGGACCCCAAGUACAGAGACUGGGGAUGGGACAUACUGCUUAGCUUCAAUAACUACACUAAGGUCCCCGGUGGUGGCUACACGUCCAUUAACAAUGUCCGUGACCCCGUAAACCCGGGGCCCCGGGACAAGAUGGAGAGUUUCUUCCUGGGUGAGACGCUAAAGUACUUGUAUCUGCUCUUCUCUGAUGACAUGGAGCUGCUCAGUUUAGACAAGUAUGUCUUUAACACCGAGGCCCACGCUCUCCCCAUAUGGCCCUCCCCACCCAAGUGAUGACUCCAUACAGGAGAAGUCUGUAAAGAUCAGGCCCACUGGGCCCUGUAUGAGUCAAACACUGUUGUUGCCGCUCAGUCAGGGAAUUCCCUUAAGCAACUGGCCAGGCUGGACUGUGGUAAGCAGACCUGUGCCGUCCACCUGUACUUUGAUACGAUUCCACGUGGAAGAGUUUAUUUUUUCUUUUUUUUUCUUCAUUUUUCCUAAGGAAAAGGUUUGUAUUAGAGCUGGUCUCUAAUGUAAAACACUUCUUUUAAAUUAGCUCUGACUAGCUGGCUCCAACAGGAGACAAGAAGGGAAAUGGUGGGAGUACUUUAUUACUUUGGCGACUGGGAUAGUUCAUGUAUGUAUGUAUGUAUGUAUGUACGUAUGUAUGUAUGGGGUCACAACAAUCAUGUCAUGCCUGAGUUUUUUUUUUUUCCUUUGUCAGGUGUAAAUCCUCACUAGUCCUACAUAGUCAGGUGUCAUAGCUGUGAAUUGUGAACAAAUGAAUUGUGUUAAACAGAUUGCUCUAGUGGAGGAGUCACAUAUUAUUUGUAGAAGUCUUUACUCUGGCAACUCCCAGGGCACUUGCUCAUGUACAAAAAUGGUAUACAAGGAGUUAAGAGGAGUUGUUUUUUGUUUUUUUUAUCCCAUUUGGGAUGUCCAUCCCCUGUAUUGUCCCAUCCUAAGUGUUUAGGAGCAGUGGGCAGCUACAGUGCAGUGUCCAGGGACCACUUUCACUUCUGAGGCCCAUGCCUUGCUGAAAAGCAAAUGCAGCGUUUUCCUAAUACCUACUGUGUAUGUCUUUAAUUAAAUAAAGACCGUAGUAAAGUAUUAGGACGGUUAUGGCUUAACCCAGGAGUUACACAAAUCAAAUUAUUUAAAAACUUUCAAAGCACUUUUUUGUAGCUUUCAACUACACUGACUAUAAUGGUUAUUGUCACCAAGAUGGGACAGUUGAAGAACUGUGAAGGCCCCAAAAUGCAUUGCAACAUGUAUGACUUACUGGGCCCCACUUUAGCAGUGAUUCUGCAGAUACUGAGGGGUUAAAUGUUAAAUAUGGUGAAGCUUACUGCACAGUCACACCUCUUUUGUGUUUUUAAGGGACGUUUGGUUCUUGUUGUUUAUUGAUCUUUUCGUUUCAGUCGGCAGUGAGAGGGUAGUCAAUGGGUUUAAGUCAUGUUUAUAGGACCUAACAGUUUGAAAGUGAAAGUAUAUAGAGGUCUUUUGAAUGAAUCAGGGCUGUACACAUAAUGCCAUCUUGCUUUAUUAAUGAAUGUAUGUAUGAAUUUUUGUUUUAUUUCUUUCAGUUUUACAUUUGGUCGUAGAGGAGCCCUUGUUAGUAAGUGUGUUAAUAUGCACUCUACUUUCCCAGUUUUGAGUCUAAUCCUGGUUUUGAUUAAAUAUGGGAUUGUAUUCACAAUUGUUUCACAUUAUAUGAAGGGGAAUUAAUUAUGGCUUCCAUGCAGUCUUAAAUUUGCAGUUGCUGUGAAGUUAGAUGAAGAAAAAAAAAAAAAAAAAACUCAGUACAUUACCGUUUCCUGUGUCAGGGACAUUAUGCAUGAAGCCGUUCAUUCAUCCUCUUUUCACAGACGACUUGUUUAAGAAAUUGAGUUUGUUGAAUUGUUUUCUUCAUACUUGAAGGAGUUUGAUUAAUGCCGUGUAGCAAUCCCACUGACUUCCUCUCAAAUGUGACUUAGAGCAGUGUGGGAGGAGCGCUUGUUUUCUGUACGGUAACUGUGAGAAAUCCAAUUUGAAGGACACAUCCGGUGUACUGUAGGAGCGGCUUUGAAGAUGGCUGAACCCACACUCUUGUUAUUUCAUGACUUUCAAUUCUUCAGUCCGAAAAGGAUCCACGUCUUGGAUAGUUCUUUUCCGCGGUUUAAAACGGGCUGUCAUAAAUCACCCUUUAACCAUCUCCUUUUGUUGAUGAACUUCUGUCUAACAGAGAGCCAUAUACUGACCAAUGUCAUUGAAUGUGCACUACAUUUCCCAAUGCUCUGCUGUGCCUAUUGAAAUGUAUAUUGUGCUAUGGUGGUUUGGUUCUGUUUCUUUAUUGCUGCUGUAUCAGUGGUGUUUAUUUGUGAAGUGCUAUGAGUGAACGUUUGGUUCAUGGCUUUUAUUUUUUCUUUGGAUGGGUGGGUGAGAAAACAACGUGGGUGUAAAUAUUUUUGUGUAAAUUGUUUCUUACCUGUGUACUGAAUCCAGCCUGUGCAUCCAUUGAUUAUUGAGCCCUUUCUGGAAUUGGCAUUCUUUGUCAUCAUGUCGAAAAAUCUCUGUUUUUAAGCAGGUCAUUUUUUGUGUCUACUUAAGGCAAUCCAUCCAAAAAUCAAUGACAGUUAAACAUUCAUGGAGACUAAUGUCUGAUAAUGAGUACUUUUCAGAGGUUUUUACUUUCUCUUUGGCGCAGGGGGAAAAUAUGUUUCCUAAUAUAUUAAGGAUAUUUAUCCUUAAUAUAUUAGGAAACAUAUAUUUUUUAAAAAGGCUUACCUAAUGUGAGAGAACAUCUGUACUACAACUUGAAAUUCAUGGAAAUGAUCAUGGUUAAAUCCAUUUUAAUUUCUGUUGCAUAUAAAAUAAUUAAAUGAGA